AGGCUAGUUUAAAGCUCGUUUUUCAAACGUGUGUGUGUUUUAUGGACUCAAAUUGAAUGGCCUGACCAUUGAUGGCACGAGGCCAGUUUCCUUUUGAGGGAAGCAAAAGCGAUACUUAGCAUCGUUUUCGUUUCUGUCUUUCGUUUCUGUUUGGCUUUAUGACGUUUAAGUUUCCUUACGGGACGGCGGCUUGACGUUCAUAUGAGAGGACCAGCCAGAGGACCAACUACUAUAUCGGUAUUUUUAGGCGAGUAAAACGUUGUCGCUAUGUUUUCAUGGGGAGAGAAUACACGCAGGGGGUUUGGAUUGGACAAGCCAAAAGAUUUGGACAAACAAAAUUCCCUUGACAGCGCAGUUUUCACUCGCAUCAUUUCACAGGUUACGCACUUGUCCGCCGGUAAUCAGUUAGUCGCGUUUAUCAGAAACAAUGGAAAAGUUGCGGUCGCCCGGAUGGUUAAAGAAAAGGGGAAAACAGUAACUGGAAAACUGAGAAAUGUGGAUUUCAAUGAAAAUAUUCAUUCUCUGAGCUGUGGGAAUGCCCAUGUUGUCCUACUGACCAAGGCGGGCAGGGUUCUGUACCUGGACGCCACAUCUACUGUUCCGCGACCUGUGGGAAUCUUGGAGAAGAGGAAAAUUAUUCAAGUUGCUUGUGGACAGAAGCAUUGCUUCGCAUUAACAGAAGACUGCCAGCUGUUCACCUGGGGGGAGAACGGUCGGGGUCAGCUGGGUCUGGGCAGGGGGGCUCCCAGCUCUCUGACCCCCCAGCCCCUCACCUCCCUGUGUGGGAUCCCUCUGGCCCAGAUCAGCGCUGGGGGGCAGCACAGCCUGGCUCUGUCCCUGUCUGGGGCUGUGUUCGGCUGGGGCAACAACCAGGCCGGUCAGCUGGGCCUGGGAGACACAGCAGACAGACACAGUCCUGCUCCUGUACGCUGUCUGAGUCUCAAGAAGAUCGUUUUCAUUUCCUGUGGAGAAGGACACACAGCAGCCCUGACCAAGGGAGGUGUGGUGUUUACGUUUGGCUCGGGCCGGUAUGGACAGCUGGGGCACAUCUCUCUCCGGGAUGAACAACGACCCCGAUUGGUGGGGGAACUCUGGGGGGCAAAGGUCACCCAGGUAGCCUGUGGAAGACAUCAUACGUUAGUGUUUGUAAGAUCCUCCAAUAAGAUCUACUCGUUUGGGCGUGGAGAGCAAGGGCAGCUGGGAAAUGUAGUGAGGAUGGAUCAGACUGUGCCUCUACAAGUACAGCUGCCUCAGGGGACCCAGUCAGUACAGGGGAUAUUUGCCGGCGGUCAUCACUCCUUUAGUCAGUGUUCCAUCACCCAGCCACAGGGUGAAGAGUCAGAGUCUGAUAAAGUCUCCUGCAGUCGGGACAUGAUGCUCACGCUAAGCGAGGACACGGUUGACAGAUGGGUGUCAGAGACAGACUCAUGGAACAACAUCCAGAGGGAAAUCACCAAAAUAUUCUCCUCUCCGGCCUGUCUGAAUGGAAGCUUCCUUGACAAAAGUUAUGACAAACACUACAAAACCUCAGAAGCACAGUCUGGUCUGGACUUGUCCCACGCAAGGCUAGCCUUCCAGAAGCUAGCUACAAAGGACAAAGUCUUAACGAAGGUGGAGGAGGUGGUCCUGAGCACCCUGAUCCCUUCCCUGCUCCCGAAGGAGUCUUUGAGGGUGGAGGCUCGGAGUGUGGAGGACGUGACCGUGGAGGCUCCCCUGAGCGUGGAGGCUGUGAGGGUGGAUGUUCCCCUGAGCGUGGAGGCUGUGAGGGUGGAUGUUCCCCUGAGCGUGGAGGCUGUGAGGGUGGAUGUUCCCCUGAGCGUGGAGGCUGUGAGGGUGGAUGUUCCCCUGAGCGUGGAGGCUGUGAGGGUGGAUGUUCCCCUGAGCGUGGAGGCUCUGAGGCUGUACCUGCUCCUGCCUGAGCUGCUCAGGGUUCUAGUGAAGAGGAAGACAGGAGCCAAUGAAGCCACGCUGGCCGUCGCUGACGCCCUCCUGCACGCACACACACUCCUCGACAGUCUGUGGUUGAAGCUUCCCUACUCCUUCUUCAGGACGACGGUGAAAAUAUUCCACUGCCUCACUGUCAGAUACUUCAACGGUUUAUUAACCGGAGACUGUGACCCUGACAAGAACCUGGGCAUCACCAUAGGUGUACUCAUGAAACUGCACAAGGUGAAUGGCAACCGACGCAUAAAAAUGGCAUCCAGCAAUUUCCACAUUGAAGAAAUCAAGUCGUUGAUUCAGGGUAUGAUUGACAUGCUUCCUAGUUUCCUUAAGCUGAAUUUUCUUUAUUACUUUGAACAAUCCUGCAUCUUUGACAUGGAAGCAAAAUGCUUGUUGCACAAGCUGGAGUACAACAUUAAUUUGUGCCGGCAUCCAUUACUACAAUGUUUCCAUUCUCAAAUACUUGUAUGCAGAGAGACCCUACUGCACGAUGUUUUUAAAUAUCUUCAACAAAAAGUCCACAAUUUCAACAGUCCUUUGGUAGUGAAAUUCCAAGAGGAGGACGGAGAGGACUAUGGCGGGGUGUCCCUCCAGUUCUACACCCUCCUGGCGAAGGAACUCCUCCAACCAGAAUCCAAGGUUCUGCAAGUGAACGAACACUCUGGCCUGGCCUGGUUCCCUGUCGAUGACGGCAGCAACACUGAGAAGGCCUACCUGCUGGGUGUGAUAUGUGGGCUGGCGCUGUAUAACAGGUGUCUGCUAAACGUAUGCUUCCCCAUGGCUCUCUUCAAGAAGCUGCUGGGUCUCCCUCCCUCCCUGGACGACCUGAAGGAGCUCUCUCCCGUAGAGGCAAGGAGUAUACAACAGCUGCUGAUGGAAGAUGAAGAAGUUGUAGAGUUGCUGUAUUUAGACUUCACAUACGGGGGCCAGGACCUCAUUCCAAACGGAGGAAAUGUACCAGUCACUAAAGUCAACAGGCAGAAAUAUGUGGACCUGUAUGUCGACAUGGUGUUCAACAAAUCUGUUGGGCGCCAGUUUGAGAGGUUCAGGGCUGGUUUCCGGACAGGCUGCCCCCUGCUGGUGUGGCAAAUGUUCCUUCCUGAAGAACUCAUGACUCUUCUCCAUGGGGACAACCAGUACGAGUGGGAGGAGCUGAGAAAGAACGCACAAUAUGAAGGAUACUCUACCACAGAUGAGAUCAUCAAAAACUUCUGGACGGUUUUCACAGAGUUUUCAGAGAAGGAAAAGAAAGAUUUCCUGACUUUCCUCACAGGAACUGACAGACUUCCCAGAGGACGUCAUUCCAAACUGCGUCUGAGGAUAACACGUCCGUACACGCCGCACGCGGACGAAUAUUACCCAGUUGCUGAAACCUGCUUUGAGAGGCUGAAGCUCCCCAACUACAGCAGCAUCGACGUGCUUCGCCACAAACUGCUUCAUGCCAUCACCCACUGUGAUGUGAUUGGGAAACACUAAAAGGCUGUUAAUGGGAGGUAGUACACUAAAAGGCUGUUAGAAUUGGAGGUAGUACAAUAAAGUUUGAGAAAGAAAAAAAAUCACAACACAAGUGUUUUUCAAAAUAAUUUUUUUCAACCUUUCAAAACUUAUGGAGGAUUCAAAGGGAGAUGUUUGAAAUUGUCAAUGUCAAAAAGGAUUCCUGGCAAAUGCGCAGUUUCUAUAGUGUAUUUUGGUAUUAAUAUGAUGUGAGGUCCAACAGGUAGUCUUAAUGGCUACCUUUUACUUAAGUAAAUGUCAGAGCUCACACAUAAAAGCAUAUGGUAAAUGAAUAGUAAGUUAAAGCAACUGUCUAUUUCUUGUAUCUGUGUAUGAAAAUUGUUAGAUAUGUUUGAUACCUUGGAAAAGGACAGCUUUCUGUUUUUGAAUAGUCUUGGUAAAUGUCACCAUUAUGACUGGAUAUUUUGACUGUGUAUAUGCUUGUUAUUUGUGUAUAUAAAGAUCUUACCUGC